GUUUUCUUCAUUUCACGGAUUGCUCUAUCAUGACGAGAAAACAAGCGUUGUCCUUGUCAUAAUGCUGAAAGAUGAAUCAGAUAGCUGCAAUUAUCUUCUGUCAAUUUGACCCAGUUGCCGGACCUAAGAUAAGUUGUCAGGUGCCACCAGACUACAUUAGCAGUAAAGGUUUUGAUUCUAUACACAACUACAUCAUCACCAAACCCGAGCUCCAGGGCAGACUCAUCACAGUGACAGCAUUAGACCAUAUUAUCCUUGGUUGCCCUGUUGUCAUUGACAACCCAAAGUAUGCCAGAAAUGCCCUCAUCUUCAACUUGUGUUUUGUGUUUGACAAAGCGAUGGACACAUCUAACUAUGAGCCCGUCGUUAAGAAAUUGGCUGCCUACCUCACACAGCUGGAGAUGGAGAAUGGUCUCUUGUCAGAUGAUCAAAGUAAGGAACGUCUACCAUCUUUUCUUGCGGAACUGCUGUCCUGUCUGAAUAAUGAUGGCACCUGCAGUAUACCUAUGGGUGAGUCGUGUACGGUACAUCUGAAGGUUCCUCCUAUCAUACAAGACCCACCCAACAUACAGGACCAUGAUGUACCCAUCAUUAUAAAGGACAAGCACCUGCUCAACCUGGCCUCCUUGGACCUCACAACUCAACAGGUAUUGAUGUACAUUGACGGCUUUCACCACGUGGCCAGAAUUGAAGCAGAGGCAGAUGUAGAGAGGAACCUGGUGAAGGCGUGUAUACAGAACUUAUUACAUUACAAGAUCAUCAAGAUCAUCUCCAUUUUCCAGUACUCCAACAUGUAUACAGUCACACCUGAGAUUCCAAAGCUGGUAGAAGAUCGCCUCUUACAGGAGGAGUGUGUCCGCUUUGUGGCCAGGAAAGCGGGUGAUUACCCAAACUUCCGUGAUGUAUUCCUGCUGUACUCUGGGUUGACUGUUGGAACUACAGUGAAGGACCUCUGCUGCAGGUACAAUCCUCAUGCCAUGAAAAUUGAUGAAAAAAAGCUGGUCCAGUUUGGACUGAUCAAAGGGUUUAUACGAAGACUGCAUAAGUUUCCAGUAUAUUUGCCAACAGAAGGUGAAUCUGUUGUAACAGGAAGCCAACUCCAGGGGCUGUACAGUCUCUGUACAGGGUUACACAGCUAUGACGAAAUCUGUACCAAACUAGGCAUUACCUACCAAACACUUGAUGACAAGAUAGACAACGAUCCCAACGUAGUUCUGUGCUGGAAGUGACAACGUUUCACGGAGAUUGUGACUGUACUGUCAAGGACCACCAUACAAAGCUUUGAUCUGUGACCACGGUUGAUGGUGCAAAGAAAUCAGUCCAGAUUUUCAGCUCAGGAAUGGAUUUUUUUAAAGCGGCCUUAGAAAUUGUUAGGGAUGCAGUGAUGAUGAGGUGUAUGUUGUGGUCAGUUGGCCACAAAACAGUGCAGUCAGUACAUAAUCUAUAAAUAGAAGUCAAAUUAAGGUGAUAAAUUCUAUCACAUGAGAACAGAUUAUUGAAGGAUUCGGUCAUUUCCAGUUUAUAUGGACUAUGUGGAUAUUAGCUUGACACUCUUUACAGGAUUUAAAGUGCUGUAUUGUACUUUUAUUUCAUAAAUGUUUACAAGUGUCUGGAUUCCAAAUGAAACUUACAGGUGCUGUCUCUGGAAUUAUUGGCGAAAGUAACUUUAUAUUACUAAAGCAAAUUUGCUUAAAUACCCAGUAUGGUUAACUGGGUUUCACAGAUUUCACAGACAUAUACCGAAUUUGAAUCCCCCAACCCCACCAGCCCCAUUUUAUUUUUUCUAUACCUAGAGAGGAAGUACCCUUUUACACAUCAUAUUUAUAUUCAAUAAUACCAUGCUAUAACAUGUAGUAUGAUAUUAUAAUGUUCUCCGGGCCGUUGUGGUAAUCAUGUUUUACUGAACCAAUAUUUAAGUUACUUUGUUAUUUAUGUUGAUAGGUAUGAUUGAUUUAUCUUGAUACACAUAUAAUUGAUGUAUUAUAUGAAACUUCUACUGUUUAUUUAAUUGAUGGAUUUCUGUUUGUAAAACCAGAAGUAUUAUACCAUAUACAAUUAAUGACUGCACAAUUUGAAUGAAGGGUUUCAUACUUGCCAACCAUCCCCUCCCUAUUUAGGAGGGAGACUCCCGAAUUUGGACCUUUUAAAUUUGAUUCAUUCCUAUAUUCUAAGAUGCAAUAAUAGAAAAUAGCUGGAAUUUUUAAGAGAUUUUUUUCCCUAGAGGGUUUAUACAAACAUUUUAUUCAUGUUUUAAUAUUGAACAUGGAGAAUCUCCCCAUGAAAAUUUCAAAAGGUUGGCAAUUAUGGGCCAUUUCAUACCUGUACAAGCCAGUGGACUGCCAAUGUUUGUGUCAGCAAAACAGUUUGUAUGCAGAAAACCCAGAAAGAAAGUACAAGUGAACAUUGCAUGUGAUAUAAUAUUUAAGUUAAGUCAGAAUACUGUUACCAGAUAGCUCUGUUUGUUAGAGCAUCAAUAGCUACCACUGAUCAUGUACCAGAUACGUUUAAAGUACAAAACAGAGCUUGCAGCCGAUGCAAGACAGUAAAUACAUUUUGUAUAUUAUCUUGUUAAGUUGAAUUUUACAAUACAAUAAUACAUGUAUGUGUGAAAUACAAAUGAUGAAUAAAUUGAUUGCAAUGCAAACAAUGUUUUUGUAUUUUAUUUGAAAAAACAUUCAAGAACUGAAUUGAGACCAAUAAUUUAAUUAUAAACGGAGUCUUGUAUAACAUAUAGAAGCUGACAACACACACAGAAGUCACAUUAGUUUAACGAUUCAACAUGGUUCAAUAACUAUAUCAGAUCAGAUUUUACAUAUACAAUUCUCUAGCCUUGUGCGAGUAUCCUAGAAGAACUUUUAUUCAGGAUCUGAUAUAUAUCAAUUAGAUUGUUGUGAAGGACUAUAUAUAG